AUGGGAAAACGCAAAACAAAACAACGGAGAGUAUCCCAUGGUAGGGAUGAAAACCAGGCCGAACAAGCCGAACCUCUACGUGAUGCGCCCCCGGCACCGGCCCUCGAAAACUGGCCCACAAUAUUUCAGCAACGGCGAAACAUCCAACUCGGAGUCGAAAACAAAUCGCAUGUUGCCGUUAGAGCCGAGUUGGGCGAGGACGAAACCGACGACAUGGUCCGGAUUUUCAUGCGCGAGCCCGAAGAAUCAGAGGGCUGCCUGCCACGAGCCGACAGAGUUGAAGAAUUUUGCUUUGGGAUGAACACUGAUCGUCUCCAAAAAGCCCAUCCCAACCCAGAUGGGACUUUGCGGAGGAUCGCUUGGCUUGAUGAUAGGAAUUUGGAGGCUCCUCUCGAUCUGUCAAGAGCACACUGCAAGCCUCUGACGGUGUAUGAUCUCUGGGAAGAACUGGAAGCCCCUCGCUUUCCCUCGGCAGGUCAUGUCGCUUCUCCGGCCACUGGAGGCUCCCAAACGACUUUGGCAGAUGCAGACCGGCGGCUCAUUUUCAUCUCGGACCUGGACUGCUACAGCAUCUAUGCCAUAAUACGAACGGCUUCUACUCACCAAGCUUCCGCUCUCCGGGGAGCCUUGUACAAUCAUCUGGAGUUUGAACCCUCCUUGGAAUUAGCCGCGAUCACGGAAGGAUUUCCAAUGUUCAAACUCGCAUUUCACCUACCCUUCUUCGUCUUGAGCACUUCAAAGGCUCAACAGACGGAUUCCCGCCGGGACCGGAACGGGGUUUCCUUACGACGCUCGCGAGAUGUUUCGUUCCUCGAUCAGAAGGACACUGCAUCUCCAAUUUACCUCUAUGAUGCCCAAGUCUCCUGCGUAGUUGCAGGUUUGGACUGGUCGAGGUGGGUCGCAUGGCUCUUCGUCGACACCUAUUACUUCGAUCCAGAAGACCCAUCAGAAGAAGACGUUCUGGAGUACUAUGAAGAUGGGCUUCCCGAGGCUGGCAUGCGUGCAGAUCCGCUCACAUACGGGUUUCUAGAUGCUGACAAGCCAAUCUGGGACCCUCAAGAAUACUUCUUGGUGGUAUUCAAAACUCGCUUUGCGCAAACAGAACGAGAAUGGAGGCGAGUGGUGAUGAAGCUGAAAUCAAGUUUUCGACACCAUCAGUCUACGCAUGAAUAUCGACUCUGCUCUCCAACAUCCGGUGGCCCCUCCAAAGACGAGAGUCAUACCGAAAGCCUCCGCCGUUCCCUUGAUUGGGUGCUGUUGUUUAUGCACCUCGCAAAGGAAUUGAACGAAACUCUAUCAAAGACCGUCAAGAGCUACGAACCAUUUUGCUCCAAGCAGGCUGGCGGCUGUGUUGGCGGGCUCAGUUUUCCACACGCGAACAAGUCGCUUCCUUCGAUUCAGAAGACUUUCGAUGAGCUGUGCCAACAGAAAGAGACCCUGGACCAUCUUCUGGAUCGCUGCGCUCAGUAUACCAAAGAGCUUCAGUUCAAACUCGACCUAGAAGUUCGCGAAAUAGGCAACCAACAAAUAAGACUCGCGCUCGAAGCCAAUCGAUUCAACAAAGGGCUUGCAUGGAUUAUGAUGAUUUGCGUUACACCGGUGGCGCUGUCGUCGAGCGUAUUCUCAAUGCGGCCCACAGUCAUCCCUUUCAUUCCAUCGACAUUUGGGUGGUUCGUGGCCCUAACUGCCAUGCUCUCUUUCGCGGGUUUUCUCGUCUCCACGACGUGGUUUUGUUGUUGGCCGGAAGUGAAGGCCGCAACUUUUCAACACUAUUGUGUAUUGUCUGGCUUGAUGCGAACAACGGUUGCCGUAACUGUGCAAUAUUGCUGUGCGUUGUCUGGCUUGUUUCGGGUACCGCAACAACUCAGGAAUGACCCGACGGACGAAGAUUUCGGCAAUCUGGCCGCAGCUGCGAACUCUCCUGUCUGA